UGACUUCUGAUUACUGCAUUGUUGUUGCUUUGGGUACGCUGUCACAAUUACGACGUAGCCUAGUCCAGUCAUUACCAUUUCAACUGAAUUGAACGCCAAUUUACCCUUCAAUCAUCUCUGUGCAACAUAGUAUAGUCCUGUGUACCACACAUUUAAAAGUUCCCAUGUUUGAUAUUCGCAUCGUCUCCUCCAUGAACUUGUUGCAUUAACACGGCUCAAUCCUGCUCGGCUGACGCGAAUAGCUCUUCGAUGAACUCGCUAUGGUACGACGACCGCACCGAGACCGAGGCCUUGAGGUCAACCGGACCCGACAGCGCACUCUGGAGCAUCUUCAGGCUGUCCAACUCGUACCUCUCGCCGGUGCCUUCAUCCCGAAACUGCGAGAACUCGAAGGCCCAGAGCAAGCGGCUGAUGACCAGAAACAGUGAUCGGGGCGCCGGGUGCUGGCCGGGACACGCGCAGCGAGCGAAGCCAAAGGCCGCCGCGGGCGCGCCGGGAUUUCGCAACCACCGUUCCGGCGCGAAGGCGAAGGGGUCGUCGAAGGCGGCGUUGUCCUAUUUCUCUCAAGACCUCCACGGCAGCAUCAACGUGAAGCAAUUGGAAUAUACCUGCCAUGCAUUGGUGCAGCGGCACGAAAUUCCGCGUGCUCGAUUCGUUGCCCCCCACGGCUCUGUCCAGCAGGUGAUUCCCAGGUAUCGAGCAGAAGAUGUCCGAUUUCAGGUACAUGAAGGGUUCGGUGAGAUGCACAAUCUCGGUCCCUCGGCCAGUCUAGUUCAUACUGAUCCUCCUUUCUCCUUGAAUGAUGUUCUGCUUCGUUUCGUACUUCCUAUCGUUCACCCAGGCCGUAUUCGUCUCACGAUGCGAAUCUCUCAUGCCCAAUAUGACGGACUCAGCAUGCCUUUCAUUCUCAAGGACCUGGACGCAUUAUACAACGGGAUUGUCUUGGCCCCUCCGGCCAGGUUCUCGGAAUAUGUGAAGGAAAGCGAGUGACUCCUUUCCCAAAACAAGCACGCCCAGCAGUUCUGGCGUCAACUGCUGCAAGGAUCCCAAGUCACCCCCAUCGUGGCACGCAGCAAGCUCUCCUCGCACUCGUUACAGAAAGACUAUCCCCUGGAUCAGACCACAAUUCGGACUAUUCGACUGUCGCCAUCAACUUCCAACGCCUCCACCACCCCGGCCACGAUCACCAAGCCCGCCUGGGCA